AUGCCUUCGAUAGUUUCUAAUAGCAAAGUAAGCACAUGGCCAACUAUCACUAUUGCUCCACCAAUAGUGCCUUCCCAGUACAAUGCCAAAAAUGCUGGUCGAAAAAAAACAAAUCCAGUUUGGAAUUUUUUCGUCGAUCUGAAGACUAAAGGACUGAGUGGUGUUCGAUGUCGUUAUUGUGACUGGAUAACAAACGAUCGUAGUCCAACGACGCUAAAAUUUCAUCUAAAACGUAAACAUGAUACGGGUCUGGGUGGUAUUUGGAACAUCGUCGAAGAACGCAUUGGUAUUAAUCACCUUCAGGGCCGAAAUCGUUUACUGAAAAAUGUAUCGUUUUUUAAUAAUUUUUGGAUUUUUUUUACGAUCCUAUAG